AUGUACGGCACUCAGCUCCGUGAGGCGGAGCUGCAACGCCGACAUGCUCAGCAGAGGGCACAAAGACGAGCCAUACAGACAGUUAUGAACAACGCACAGCAGCCGCCGCACUACUCCGCCUUGGACGACAAGGGCGCCGACUCUGCCAUGGUCGGCGGCGAGUCUCUUGACGACCUGGUACAUACGAACCACCAGGUCAUGCAUCGACGCAGGAGCCUUCCACAGCAGGCACCAUACAUGACACAGGCCAGCAAUGAUCCGAGACGGCUUUCAAUGCUCGACUACACAAGCAGCAACGCGAUGCACAACGGGGGCUUUGGCGACUAUCAGUUCAGCGGCAUGACAUCACCUGCUGGUACAAUGCCUGGCGGCUUCCCAAACAUGAACAACAACAUGACGAUACCAGGUACAUCGGGCAACUUCUCGCCACAAGCUAUGGUCGCUGAAGAUUUCUACAACCCAGACAUGGUGGAGAACAUGAUGGCGUUCUCCAAUAUGAAUAUGGAGUCUAUGGGACUCGACAACUCGAUGACCAUGUUUCCAAAUCAGCCACUUUCGACGAAUAUGAGGCCGAACAACGUGGGUGUCAUACGGCCAGAUUUCAACAUGAACAUGCCAGGAUCAGGCAAUACGUUGGGCGACAACGUAUCAUUAGAUAAGCCGGACAGUGUUAUGAUGAACAACAACGCGCACUUCACCCAGUCCAAUCAGAACAACAACCAAAGCAGCAACAACGUGAGCUUGGAGGUGAACAUGGCUAAUGCGGUCAAUUCCUAUCCGCCAGCUCUAUCUCGGCAAGUCUCACAAUUGACAGCGCCUUCCGGCCCAUCGCGCACCUCGUCCUAUCAUUCACCCAUGCCGACGGGAAGCGGUUCAACUCCAGACAGCUCACGCAACUCGUCCAACACGCCUGCGUUCCCACCGCAGCCACAGACGAAGACCCCCAAGACCAUAUACUCCAGGAGCGGCUUCGACAUGCUGCGUGCCCUCUGGCAAGUCGCCACUCGCAAAGACCCACAAGUAAACCUCGGCGCCGUCGACAUGUCUUGUGCGUUUGUGGUUUGCGAUGUGACGAUGAACGACUGCCCCAUCGUUUACGUAUCCGACAACUUUCAAAAUCUCACGGGCUACAGUCAGCAUGAUAUCGUGGGACAAAAUUGCCGCUUUCUCCAGGCCCCCGAUGGAAAGGUCGAAGCUGGCUCCAAACGAGAAUUUGUCGACAAUGGCGCUGUAUACAACCUGAAGCAGAAGAUCGCGGAAACGCAAGAGGUGCAGCAAAGUCUCAUCAACUACAGAAAGGGAGGCAAGCCAUUUCUCAAUCUGCUCACCAUGAUCCCUAUUCCUGGGGAUACCGAUGAAAUCAGAUACAUUGUCGGAUUCCAGAUCGACCUUGUGGAAUGUCCAGAUGCAAUUGCGUCGGCGCAGGGUGCUGGUUCCAUGAAGGUCAACUACAAACACAGCGAUAUUGGGCAGUACGUAUGGACCCCACCGCCUUCGAGUCAGUGGGAGCCUGAGAAUGGCCAGACUCUCGGCGUUGAUGAUGUCUCUACCCUCCUGCAGCAGUUCAAUCCACAGGGCGCAGUGUCGGACUGGCACAGACAGUCUUGGGACAAGAUGCUUCUCGAGAACGCCGACGAUGUGGUCCACGUUCUGUCACUCAAGGGCCUGUUUCUCUACCUUUCACCCUCUUGCAAGCGCAUUCUUGAGUACGAUGCUACAGAGCUGGUUGGCAACUCGCUGUCCACCAUUUGCCAUCCCUCAGACAUUGUACCUGUCACGCGCGAACUGAAAGACACGACCAGUGGAAACUCAGUCAACAUAGUAUUCCGAAUUGCCCGGAAACACAGUGGCUAUACUUGGUUCGAAAGCCACGGGUCCCUCUUUGUCGAGCAAGGCAAGGGCCGCAAAUGCAUCAUUUUGAUUGGGCGGAAACGACCUGUACUGGCUUUGAGUCGACGUCAGCUUGAGAGCCACGGAGGCAUCGGCGAUUCCGAGCUCUGGACCAAGCUUUCUACUUCUGGAUUGUUUCUCUUUGUGUCCGCAAAUGUUCGGUCGCUACUCGACCUACAACCAGACAAGCUCGUCAACACCAGUAUUCAAGAGCUCAUGCGAAAGGAGUCGCGCCCAGAGUUUGGAAGGGCGAUCGAAAAGGCACGGCGGGGCCGUAUAGCUACCGUUAAACACGAGGUGCAGAAUCGCCGCGGUCAGGUCCUCCAGGCACAAACCACGCUGUAUCCGGGUGACGCUGCGGAAGGGGCGAAGCCCACUUUCAUCUUGGCCCAGACGAAGCUCCUCAAGGCGUCGUCUCGUAGCACUGCUUCCACAGCUUCCUCGACUGGUCGUCAGAGCGCAACUUCAACCUCACAAUCUCUAGUCCCUUCUACAGCACAAUCGAAGUAUAGCGAUGGAGGUGCAGGCUUAAUCUCGGCACCUGGUGGGGGUGUGGCACCAGGGAAUCAGGAUCACUUUCUGGCAUCAGAAGACAACAUUUUCGACGAGCUCAAGACGACACGCUGCACGAGCUGGCAGUACGAACUUCGACAAAUGGAGAAAGUCAAUCGUAUACUGGCCGAAGAGCUUCACGGGCUUUUGUCGAACAAGAAGAAACGCAAGAGAAGAAAGGGCGUUGGCAAUGUCGCUCGUGACUGUGCCAACUGCCACACUCGCAAUACUCCAGAAUGGCGGAGAGGUCCAAGUGGCCAGAGAGAUCUAUGCAACAGCUGUGGCCUUAGGUGGGCGAAGCAGACCGGUAGAGUCUCACCACGAAACUCUUCUCGCGGAGGCAAUGACAACGCAAGCAAGAAGUCCGCGUCGCCCAUCCACUCGUCUCCCCUACAUAAGGAAGUCAACAGUAAAGAUGCCAGUAUACUGGGAAGGGGGUCAGAAGCAGACCCGAGCUUCAACAACAUGGUCCGCUCAGUACCCAACACGGAUGCUGCCCAGAGCGACAUUUCUGCCGACCCCAACAACCCCCCGAAGAGUCACGUUCCGCCGCCUAGUCAGCCACUUCUCGAAGGGGGGGCUGCCGGGAGUGCGAUGACGGCAAUCCAGGAGGAGCGUGAGGUCAGCAUGUGA